CACCUAUCGACGGCUCGAGGCCUGCUGCUCACUUCAUCCCCCGCACACUACAGGCAGGAAAGGAUGUGUGGUCGAGUGGCCUGCACGCUGGCUCCCGCCCAGCUGCGCCGCAUCGCCAGGGCACAGCGCACACGAAACCUCGGCAACUACAGACCCAAGUCAGUCAGUCAGCGAUCGCUGGCAUACACGGCAAGGGAGGUUCAGCACUGAUUGGCGCGACUCCAUGUUGUUGUGAUGCUUGCAUUGCAGGUACAACAUGGCACCGACCAACACGGCUCCCGUCAUCUACGAAAAGAAGAACAAGGACAACGGCGGCGGCCGCGAGCGUGUGGUGCACGCCAUGCGGUGGGGACUCAUCCCCUCCUACGCCAAGAAGGAGACCGCAUUCACGGGAGAGUUCAACACCAUCAACGCCAGAAGCGAAAACGUCGCCAACAGCCCCGUAUACCGGUCAGUCAGCCAGCCAGCCAGCCGAUGGAUGACCGUGGAUGGAUGAAUGAUGGUGUGGUGUGGUGUGGUGUGGUUUGGUUCAUCUCUGCAGGCGUCUGGUGAACAGCAAGCGUUGUGUGGUGGUAGCUGAUGGAUUCUACGAGUGGAAGGCCAACCCCAGGGGCGGCAAGAAACUGCCCCACUUCAUACGGCUCAAGAAAUCCGUCAAGGGUCGGUGGGUGCCUCGCACGCACGAACUCGUGUGGAAGGAUCCCUUCACCGAUAUCUAUCAAUGGUUGUGUGUGACGUGUGUCGUUUCAGAGUCUGUGAUAGAGUACCACGACAAGGCCACGGCAGCAACAGCGGCAUCGGAGGCCGCUGAGCCGCCCGCCAAAAAGAUCAAGACAGACACCCAGUCGACUGCCGGUGCGCAUACAGCAGACCACUACCGACCAGAAAACUGUCUGUCUGUCUGUCUGAGUGUGUGCAGAUGGUGCUAUGGUGGAGUAUGACGGCGAGUCGCUGCAGUGGCCCCCCGAGGGCACUGACGCACGCCAGGCCGUCCUCAAUGAAAACGAGGCGCCGCUGCUCAUGGCCGGUGCCCACCACUAACAGACAAACAGGCCUACACACACAGCACACGUGUGCCUUGGUUGCAUCUUCUGGCUGUGUUUGGUUUGUCGUGUGUGCUGUGCAGGUUUGUAUGACGCGUGGAAGGACCCCGACAGCGGCGAGUGGCUGUACUCGUACACAGUCCUCACGAUGGACUCUUCACACACACCCGUCGAGGGCGUGCACGACAGGUGCGGACGAUGGAUGAAUCCGCCGCUAAUUGCUCACACGCCACCUGUGAGUGGUCAUGUCACGUGCAGGAUGCCCGUGUUUCUGACGCCCGAGACGGCGUCGCUGUGGCUCGACUGUGAGGGCGUGCCGCUGCAGCAGUGCCUCGACACCGUCAAGCGUCAAGCCGCCAAACUAUGUACUUAAGUGCAUCAAUUGACCGACACACAAUCCACUGCCUUCAUCCGCGUAUGCGGUGUGUGUGUGUGUGUGUGUGCAGGCCAGGAGUCGUUUGAGUUGUACGAGGUGCCGCCGUUGGUGAGCAACAUGCGCAACAACAGCAUCGAGUGCGUCAUGCCCAAGGACCAGUACGACAAGGCACAAUUCAACAAAGGCAUCGGACGCUUUUUCUCACCCACCUCGCAAACCAAGAAGGACCCGGGCAGCGCCGCCGCCAGUGCAGCCCUCCCCGCCCCCGCCAUCAAGAAACAGGAGAUGCCGUCAGCUGCAGCUGCGGCAGCCAUCAAGCGGGAAGAGGCUUCAUCUCCCGCUGCUGCUGGUGAUGGCGGUGGUGGUGGUGGUGUCAAGAAGGAGGAGGUCAAGCCCAAGGCCAAGCAGGGGUCAGGGCGGGGCAGCAAGGGCACGCCGCCGCCGGUGGAGGGCAAGGGUUCCAUCAAGGCCUUUUUCAAACCGGCAAGCGGCAAGUAAGUAGGAAGGAAACAGACAGGGAGGGAGGGAGGGGGCAUGGUGUAGUGUAGACGGGUAUUUUUAGAUGGUGGGCUUAAUGGUUUCCCUGGCACGUGUUUAUUUGUUUUCCGCCUUCUUGAGAUACAUACGCCCACACAUUCAUCGAGGUUUUUGACACCCAUCUUGUUGAGGAGUUGUCAGGUUGGAAGGCACUCAUGUGAGAGAAACGAGCAGCGAUUGAACGGUCAGUGCUCGGACGCGUUGCAUCUGUUGGUGCUGGUGGGAAAGUCUCGGCUUGCCAUGCAGAGUUCAGACAGGAAGGACACAACAAAGAAACACGGUCAGAUGCACACACACACACACACGCCGUCACACGGACGGGACAUUCACACAACUGAAUCUCAACACACAGAC